GAUGUGCAGGGUCGUCUGCUUAUAACUGACACGGCUAUUUCAGUCAGUUGAUCCAUGGUGCCGCUGCUGAGCAGAAAAACGGCGAAAAGAUUUGUAAAUUGGUACCACUGGGACCAGUAACGCUUCAUUGGAUCAUAAAUCCUCAAUAGGACCAGUUUAAGGACCCACACACUAAGUGUAGCUUUGGGCAGCAGCCAUGUCAGGCACCUAUGAUGACUCCAUGAUUGAUGUCUCCAGUGACAGCUUCUGGGAGGUUGGAAACUACAAGCGCACCGUGAAACGGAUAGACGAUGGUAGUCGGCUCUGCACAGAUCUCAUGAACUGCAUUCAUGAGCGGGCGCGUAUUGAAAAGGCCUACGCACAGCAGCUCACAGAAUGGGGGAAACGCUGGCGGCAACUUGUAGAGAAAGGACCUCAAUAUGGCACGCUGGAGCGAGCGUGGGCUGCUCUGUGUACUGAGGCAGAGAAGGUGAGCGAGCUUCACAUGGAGGUGAAAGCAGCAUUGAUGGGAGAAGACUAUGAGAAGCUGAAGAACUGGCAGAGAGAGUCUUUCCACAAACAGAUGAUCGGUGGCUUCAAAGAGACUAAAGAAACUGAAGAUGGCUUCCGCAAGGCUCAAAAACCCUGGGCCAAGAAACUCAAAGAGGUAGAGACUUUGAAGAAGGCCUACCACACUGCAUGUAAAGAAGAGAAGCUUGCAGCCAGCAGGGAGACUAACAGCAAACUCGAGAGCAACAAUAACCCUGAAGCCCAAAAGAAACUCCAGGAAAAGGUGGAGAAGUGUCAGCAAGAGGUCCAGAAGACUAAAGAACGUUAUGAGAAAUCCAUCGAGGAGCUGAACAAAUUGACCCCUCAGUACAUGGAGAACAUGGAACAAGUGUUCGAGCAGUGCCAGCAGUUUGAAGACAAGCGCAUUCAAUUUUUCAAAGAGGUGCUGCUGGAGGUUAAGCAGCACCUGGACCUCUCAACCAAUCACAGAUAUCAGGGAGUUUACCACACACUGGAAGACACAAUCUCUGGCACCGAUCCUGAAGAGGACCUAAAAUGGUUCCGGUCCAAUCAUGGUCCUGGAAUGCCAAUGAGCUGGCCCCAGUUUGAGGAAUGGUCCAUAGACCUCAACCGAACCUUGAGCAGACGAGAAAAGAAGAAGCCAUCAGAGGGCAUCACAUUGACGGGCAUUAGUCCAGCUGGGUCAGACCAGCCUGUUCAGCCUGCCAAAACCAGCAACAGCCUGACUGUACCAAAAGCUGCACCUGCGGGCACGAACCCGUUUGACGAAGAAGACGAUGAAGUUGGGGAGACUGCCGUGGAGCAGGAGAUCACAGUCAACAGCACCGUUGUGAAUAAAGAGGAAAUAAAAACUGCAAGCAGUACGGAGAAGACUCCAGACUGGUCGGAUGAGGACACAGCUGGUAACCCUUUCUCCACCAAUGGUGAGGGUAAUCCAUUCGAGGAAGAGCCGGCCUCUCCUGUUGUAUCGGUGCCUGUCAAAGCUCUCUACGACUAUGAGGGACAGGAGCAGGAUGAGCUGAGCUUCAAAGCAGGUGAUGAAUUUACCAAAAUAGGUGAAGAAGAUGAUCAGGGCUGGUGCAAAGGCAGGCUUAAGGAUGGACAAACAGGCCUCUAUCCUGCUAACUAUGUGGAAGACAUCCAGUAAUGAAUCGCCACAGAUGGAAACAAAUGUGAAGAAUGUGUUUUAUGAAACUUGACAGGCUCUUAUUUUCAGCCCUCUUUUCCUUGUUUGUGAUGACUGGAUUGGAGUUGGUGGAGGACAGAAGAGAAGGGUUUGUAGAGCUUAGGAGGACCACUUUAGUCACUUCUUACCCGUGGACACUGUUGGAAACUAACUGCAAGUUUCCAGAAGAUUUCAGGAAGAUCCAAGAAGACUUGCUGUUGGUGUAAGAUGUUACUUAUAAUCCCAUUUAUGCUGUUACAGAAAUAGCUAUUCAAGUACAUAUUAGAUAAGACUGAAUGAAAUGUGUGAAUUUGGAUCAUUUAAAAAAAAAAAAAAAAUAUCACUGAGAUUACGAUCUUACAACUAGUCUUGCAUGCGAAACACAACCUUGAUAUGCAAGCCCGUUUUUAAUUCACCAACGGAAUUGAACCUUUUUUUUUUAUAACCAGUACUUGCAUUUCUCCUGAAAGAAUCCAGUCCAUAGAUGUUUUUUAUUAUUUGGCCUGAAUUGUGAGAUUCAUGAACUUCAUUUUAAAUUAGUGUUUAUAUUCUCUCAUUUCUUUCAGGGUUUUGAU